UCUUGGCUGGAGUUUGGCUCCCGCGUCCAGUCUGUGGCUGCCGCUUCUGGAGACUUUGCUCCAUCCAGCUCCCCUUUGGAUUAUCCGAUCCUUUGACCCAUAAAGUAGAUUUUAGACCCGGUUUCCCAGUGGACCCAUGGCGGAGGCUGUUCGACCCGAGGACUAUUGCGACGAGGCGCUGGAGGACGAAUUUGGAGAAAUCAUCAAGUGUCGAUCUGAUGAAAGGGAAGAUGUGCAGAAGAAGACGUUCACAAAAUGGGUCAACUCACAGUUGUCUAAGGCAGGGAAACCACCUGUGGAGGAUCUCUUCUCGGACCUGUGCGACGGCCGACGCUUGUUAGAGCUGCUGCAGGGUCUCGUUGGAAAUGAGCAGGUGAGGUUGGAAAAGGGCACCACACGCGUCCACUCGCUCAACAAUGUCAACCGAGCUCUGCAGAUCUUGCAGAAGAAUAAUGUUGAGUUGGUGAACAUUGGUGCGACGGAUAUCGUCGAUGGCAAUCACAAGCUCAUUCUUGGCCUCAUCUGGAGCAUCAUUCUCCACUGGCAGGUAAAGGAUGUCAUGAAGGAGGUGAUGGCGGACCUACAGCAGACCAACAGUGAGAAGAUUCUGCUGAGCUGGGUUCGGCAGAACACAAGCCAGUACCCGCAGGUCAACGUGGUCAACUUCUCCAGUAGCUGGAAUGACGGCCUGGCGUUCAAUGCCCUCAUCCACAGCCACAGACCAGAACUGUUUGAUUGGAGCUCUGUGGAGGCCAAGGAGUCGGCGGCUGACAGACUGGAACAUGCUUUUAGUAAGGCGGAGCAACAUCUGGGCAUCGACAGACUGCUGGACCCAGAAGAUGUGGCGGUGCCUCGUCCCGACAAGAAGAGCGUCAUCAUGUACGUGACGUCGCUCUUCCAGGUGCUCCCGCAGAGCGUUACCAUGGAGGCCAUCCAGGAAGUGGAGACGCUACCGCGGCCCGCCAGCGCUGCCAGCACUUCCCAUGUCCUGGCUGGGGAUCACUACCAGAUCCAGACCCAACAGCGCUUCUCCCAACAGAUCACAGUGAGCGUGGCUCAGGGCCGAGUGCAGAGCCCCUCCGCUCAGCCUCGCUAUAAAAGCUAUGCCUACACGCAGGCGGCCUAUGUCAAGUCUCCUGAGCAAAAGAGGAGGCGCUUUACUGAUCAGUUUCUGACCCCCAGCCAAGAAGAGCUGCAGCGAAGCCUCAGUCCUCUGCCUCCCGGCUCCGCCAGUCUGGAGUCUUACCAAGCGGCCCUGGAGGAGGUUCUGACCUGGCUGCUCUCGGCUGAAGACGGACUCCAGUCCCAGCCCCCCAUCUCAAACAAUGUGGAGGAGGUCAAGGAGCAGUUCCACACUCAUGAGGGCUACAUGGUGGAGCUCACCGCGCACCAGGGCAGCGUGGGGCGUGUCCUCCGAGCCGGCGCAGCUUUACUGGCUGAGGGUAACCUGAGUGAGGAGGAGGACACCGAAGUCAGGGAACAGAUGACCCUGCUGAACUCUCGAUGGGAGCACCUCCGGGUGGCCAGCAUGGAGAGGCAAAGCAGACUCCACCAGGUCCUCAUGGACCUACAGCACAAGCAGCUGCAGCAGCUCACAGACUGGUUGGACGCAACGGAGGCGCGGGUGAACAAGAUGGAGGCUCAGCCGCUUGGUCCUGACUUGGAGAACGUCAAGCGCCAAGUGGAAGAGCACAAGCUUUUGCAGGAGGACCUUGAGCAGGAGCAGGUACGGGUCAACUCGCUGACCCACAUGGUGGUGGUGGUGGACGAGACCAGCGGGGACAGUGCCACUGCUGCCUUGGAGAGCAAACUUCAGGCAAGUUGGAGCAGCACGUCUUCACUACUGACUCAAUAAUUGUCCAGAAAUUAA